UAUACUGAGACAAUUAGGUUUGAAAUCUGAAAAAAAAAGUGCUGACGUUGCAUUUUUAGAAAAAUGAAGGAAAAUAAAAUUUCCCUUUCAUUUCCAUUUGAAUUAAAUAUUUUUUUUGGUACUGAAUGAAAAAUUAAUUGUACGUUUUAUAGCCCUGUAAUUAUUGUGUUUAAACUGAAAUAUUUCCUUAUCUUUAAGAUCAUUGCAGAGCACUCAUUGAUGAAAAAGCUCUCAUGAAUCAUAUGAUCAAGGUUGUAUUUGCGACUGAAUUUGAAAAGUUCUUAACUCAUUCAUAUGCGCGCAGCGUAGUGAAUGUGGCAAAUUAAUUGCGUGGAGAUUUAAUUGCGUAGACGGAAAUCAAAUUGAAAUUAAAUUAGCGUAGGCGGAAAUCAAAUUCGGUGUGGCUCGCAAUGCAUGCUGGAUCACGUUCUCUCAUGGCUGCCAUUUCUCGAGGAAUUCUACUACUAGCUGUUUUGCCGUCCUUUUGGGUGAGUAACAAUUACUUUAUUGUGCUUUAAAUACCUGAGUUCUAAAGCAUAUAGCGCACACAUCAAUCAAAGCGGCCUACACUCACACCAAAACCUUUAUAGAGCUCCCAAUUCGAUCAGACUUGACGGUUGCUGCGUUCAAUUGCUGUAUAAACCGCUAUCAAACUGGGAAACAAUACCGCAUCAAAAUACGAAAUAAAGCCUCCUUCAUAAAUGGGUAUCAGUCACAUUAUUUCAUUUGUAAACAACGUUACGAAGUUCAUUAAGUCCAGUUUAUACUUCAUUGCUGGUGAGCUUCGCUCGUUCAUUUGUCAAUCUCAGGGACAUGCGAAGUCCAAUGAAUCUCAACACGAGACACAAGCGGAGGACUUGAUGACAAACUCUGAAGAUACUGAUAAUUAAGGUGACCAGACGAAUGAGCAAGUAGUGCAGGUAACUAACAUGUCAAGGAAAUUAAUAGUCCAAACUCUUCUCUUAGUAAACAAAUCUCAUUUGAAAUUUUCAUGGAGAACAAAAAAUUAACUUAAUGAAGAUAAACAAUACUUUGUCAUCCUAACUGUCGCUGUUGCUAACAUUUAAUAAUGCCAUUUAGGCAAAGAAGUUUGCGGCUUUUCUGAUCCUCACAAGACUUUUCUAUUCCUCGGAAAGUUAUUGUUGUUGAUAGAAAGUUAUUGUUGUUGUUGUUAAUCGCAAGUUAUAAUGAAUAAUUUAAUUUUAAACAUGACAAUUGAGAUAGGCAAAUAUUGCAGAAUAUUUAAAGCACAGAGCAGAGGAAACCCACACCAACCAACCAGCCUGUAUUGUUUUCCACGCAGCAAGAAUUUAGUUUCUAUAUUUCUUUUCCUGUACGAUUAGAUUAGAAAUGCUUUGAUUGUAGACUGACAAAAAUGUUGAAUGAAGACAUUUUUAAAAAGUUCACUUAAAAGUAACAGGCUUGUAAACAGAUAAGUUCGAAAAUACAGCACUAAACUCAAAGCGUUUUUAAUAUUUUAAAAUAAGCUGAAAUACACAGCAACAAAUAAGCUAAAUUUCUUUUUCUUCAUAAUUGAUAUCAUUCAAGUUGUUUUUCAUGUAAGCUUAUACGUUUUCCAAACUUUGGUUACCCCCCAAAAACAUAGAAUAACAUCAGAAACCAAGUUUCUGAAAUAAGAAAGAGCAGACCCUGAAUGAAUUAAUUUAUAAAACGGUAGCCAUUUGACGAAAUUGGAACACUUCAUGCUGAUAAAUCUAUGUGAGGCAGCUCAAUAAUCCUGAAUAAUUUGGUCUUCAGAUAGCCACAUGCAAGUUUGUUUUCCUGUUCAAAUUUCGUGCCAGAAACACUUAUUCUUAUCUAACAAUAUCCCUUAUAGAUUACUUUUAACUCAAUAAAUUUAUCAAAGAAAUUGGGUUAUUCUGAAAGUGAUAAAACCUACCUUAGAAAUCUCGUCCUCUGGCUACGACUUCUCACAAAAAUCUCGUUGUCAACGAAAGGAGGGCUACGAGUUUUUAGCUCUACGUGACAGUGUCACGGUCAUGACGCAUGCACAUUGCUCAGUAAUUGGAAAUCUCAUACUCGUAGUCGUACUCGGAGUCGGAUCUAAAGGUCCCUAUUCUUGCGAUCAAAGAGGACAAAGAAAUUAGGACAAUGACGGUAAAGAACUAAACAUAAUUUGUCAUCCUCACUGUUGCUUUUGCUAUAAUUUAAUAAUGCCAUUUAAGGCAAAGAAGUAGGUGGGUUUUCUGAUCCUCACAACACUUCUCUAUUCCUGAAAAUAUUAUUGUUGUUGAUAGCCAGUCAUUGUUGUUGUUGUUGGUCAUGAGUAAUUCUUGCGAUGAAAGAGGACAAAGAAAUUAAGACAAUGAAGGUAGAGAACUAAAUUUACAAUUUUAUCAUCUUCAAUGUUAAUUGAGCACUGUAAUUUUUAACUUGAAAAUUGCCAAAGAAAAAGCAUUGCAAAAGCCCUAGUCCUCAAAUUCAAGUACUUUCAAGGCCUUGAAUUUUUAUUUUUAAAUUCAAGCAUCUUCAAGGACUUUCAAGGCUUUACAAACCCUGAUUAGGUAAUGUAUUUGCCUUUAACUGCAAGGAGAAGGUAAUUUUUUAUCUAUUAUUGGUACCGAGUCGUAGUUUGUUGCCAAAUUUUUCACCCAAGGGGAGUUGUCAGAAGUCGGUAGAUUGAAGCAAUAUUACUGUUCGAUAGUUCAUAUUGUUUUUAAUAGAAAAAUCUCUGAAACCACUGCAAUUUUAUAUAGCUAGAGUGAGUGCUCUAUGGUAGAGCAUCAAUUUUAGGAAUUACGUAUAACAAAACUGUAACAAAACAAUGGAGAUGUUUCAAUAUUUUGUAUCAAUGCAGUGUUCUUUUCCUGUGUAUUGAUCGGAAACAACGUCAAAUAAGUCUAACCAUGGAAUUAUUCAUAAGCUAUAACAUGAGGUUCAAUGUUCUUUCUUCAGUUUCUUGGAUGAUCUGUUCUUGUUAAUAUUUUGAAUAAGAAUUUUGAGUGGUGAAAUAGGUACUUGAUUAAAGUUGUUGAUGUUGAAGUCUCCUAAUAUGAUAUCAAUGGUAUUUCUUUGAAGAAUAUUGUUGAGGUUGUCAACAUAUUGGGUAAUGUUUGAGUUGUUUUUUCUAUAUGUUAAAAGGAAUCUUAUCAUUCUGUUAGUGUUGGGGUUAAAUACAUUAAACAUUAAACCAUUGAUAACUGAAACAUAGUGGGUUUACAUUAUAUUGAUAUUGUCUUAAGUAAAAAUAGCUAAACUGGAAAAUUUAUCAGAAGGGUGUUCUUGUCUAUGCAGUUCAUAAGGAUGCAAAGUUUGUUUGAUAGUAUCAUCAGAGUGGUGGAGUAAAAGCUGAGUUUCUGUCAGUGCUAAAAUAUCACAUUUUGUGAGAGAUGCAUCAUGCUUGAUGUCAAUACUAUGUUUUGUUAGGGACAGUGCAUUUAAGAGGUAUACUUUUGGGGUUUUGAAGAUGUGCAUCUGAUGUGGAAGAACGUAAAAUUGGAGUAAGCAUUUUCUUGCUGUCUCAUUCUGUGGUAUUCUGCUUCUACUCUCAGAUUUGCUUGUACGUGUUUGUUUUCUAUUUGUUCAAUCACAUGCAAUCCUUGUAAAGAAGUUGCUUGGCGUAAGGCUACAUAAAUCUGCUUAUAGUUGAGAUGAUUUUGCCUAUUGAGGUCAAAGCUAACUACAAUCUCAUUUAAUGUCAAUCCCUGAACUUUGUGUACAGUGCAUGCCCAUGCUAGUGUGAUAGGGAAUUGUAGUCUUUGUAUCUCUGGUGAAGAUGGUUUUCCUGGUCUAACCUUUAUUCUAGCAAGUUUAGGUUGAAUUGGCACAACUCCAUUUUCUCUGGCAUAUUUAUCUUUACACUUUUCUGUAGCUUUUAUUCUAGCUUGAGAGUCUUCAAAGUUGAUGUAAAUAACAACUGGUUUUUGUGUGGUGUGAUUUAUGCCAAUUUUUUUAAUAGCACCCAUUUGUUCAUCAAUAAGUCUAUCAUUUACAUCUAUGUUUGUAGUAAGCAUCACUUGAGCAUUUCCUUUUGCCAAGAUUACAGAGUCAAGACCUCCUGUUUCUGAUCUUCCCCCAGCUAAUACUCUGUCAAGGUCUUGCUUCAUAAUAAUAAUAAUAAUAACUUUAUUUAUAUCGCGUCUAUAUCACUAAUUGCUCUAGGUGCUUAACAAUAUCACAAAAUGUAUUAAAAAACACUAAAAAAUCUAACAACUACAUAUAUAAGCAUGAAAACUAAAUAGAAAUAUAUUUACAAAUCAAAAGGAAUCAGCAUUUCUUAAAGAUGCGGGUAUGCUGUUCCAUAAUUUAGGUCCUGCAAUAGAAAAUCUUUGAUCACCGUUAGACUUAAGCUUAGAUCUUGGGACUUGAAGUAACUUAUUCGAACAAGAACGCAAAGAGUAGGAGCUGGUACAAAAGCUGAGCAAAUUGGAUAUAUAACUUGGUGAAAGUCCAUUGAUAGUCUUAUAUACUAACAAUAAGAUUUUAUAAGUAAUACAGUAUUCAACGAGCAACCAAUGUAAAUCUAUUAAAAUGGGAGUUAUAUGUUCAUACUUCUUUGUGAAUGUUACAAUGCACGCUGCCCUAUUCUGAACUAGCUGUAGGCGGUUGAAGAGAGCUUUAGGUAAUCCAUGUAGAAUUGCCUUACAAUAGUCCAAGUUAGUGGUCACAAAAGCAUGAAUAAUUGCUUCAGCAGAUUCACGACCCAAAUGUGUUCUAAUCUUACUAAUAUUAGUUCGAUGGAAAUGACAUGUUUUGCAUAUCUUUUUAAUGUGGUCUUCCAUAUCAGAACUGGGAUUGAGUAUCACUCCAAGAUUGUGAACAGAAGAGGAUGGUUGAAUAGUUUCACCCCCAACACCGGAACAAAUUCCAAUGAGGGACUGGGUUAAUAACGUGAACUUAGUAGAAGCAGCUCGGUUUUUUCCUCAUUUAGCUUAAGACCAUUAACAAUCAUCCAAUUGUUGAUUUCCUGUACAGAUAUUUCAAUUCUAGAUUUUACUGAGGAGAGAAGGUCAUCACUUCCUAAUUUAAAUGACACAUAAAGCUGAGUGUCAUCAGCAUAGAGAUGGUACAUAAGAUUGUGUCUCUUUAUGAUACCAGCCACUGGUGAAGUGGCUGGUAUAACAGAGGCCCAAGGACAGACCCUGUGGUACACCACAAUUAAGUUCACAUAACGAAGAUCUUGAGCAUUCAAUUUGAACAAAUUGUGUACGAGAUGAUAGGUAGGAUGCAAACCAUUUCAGUACAGACCCUGUUAUACCAUAACAUUCAGACAGCCUAUCUAGUAGUAUUUCAUGAGACACAGUGUCAAAUGCAGCAGAUAAAUCUAACAUAAGUAGUACAAUGGCUUCGUUUCUGUCAAUUGCAUGCAGAAUAUCAUCUUGCUUUGGAAAAUUUGGUGGAUAUUGGUCUGUAGCCUUAAAAGUAUAGAGAUAUGUUGUUAAAUGGUCAAGGUGCUCAUUAUUAUGCAUGUCAACAGGUGCAUUUUCAGCAAAGAUAUGCAAUGCAUGUGUUGGGUAACGGUAUUUGUUGGGUUGACAAAUCUUGACUGAAUGCAUUUCAUAUCACCUUUAGUGUGUGUUGCAGUUCUGAAUUUAUUUAGUAACUCUGUAAAUGGUUGGUCAUUUUUUGUCUCAUAAUUUCUGUUAACCCAUCAUUUGAAAAACUGACCAAGGAUGGCUUAAGUUGUGAACAUGAUUUUUGAAUUCAUCAAAUAUAGGCCUCCUACGGAUCAGUGGAAGUUGAUAUAAAUCACCUACAUCAAUAACACUUAGGCUUACAAACAGUUGGUUGUUUGGUGUGACAAAAUUUUAUUUCAGUCAUUGGUGGAUAUGCAGUAAAGUGGUGUUUGAUACCAUAGAGAUUUCAUCAAUGAUUAUUAGUUUUAAAUUUGAUAGAGCCAUUCUUAUUUAUGUUCUCUUUUGGUCCGAUAUUGGUGGAAGAUUGUCACCUGCUUCUUUAGGAAUUGCUAAAGCAGUAUGUAUCGUCGUACCAUUGAUAUUGAUGGCAGCUACUCCUGUUGGAGCUAUUAAUAGCACAAUUGGUUUUUAGGAUUUGUAAAUCCAUGCCUAAAAGUCUUUGCAGCAGUAUGAUAUAUUGCUUUAGUAAGGUGGGAUUUGCUUGCACCUGCACCUCCUGUUAUAAACAAAUGGAUUAGCUGUACAUGCACUGGUUUUAAGCUGUUCAUGUUUUUAACCUUGUUUCUACAUCAUGAUAGUACUAUGUUGUAUGCCUGGCAUUGCUGAGUGUUUAAAGAUCUCAUGUUUUUGCCAUUAGAAAUGAAAUGCUGUCAGAUACUUUUUUCUACUCAAUAAUAAACUGUGCAAAGAAAAGGUACUCUGGAUUUGUAGCAAACCGCCCACUAUAGUGCAACAGUUUGGCAUUAAAGUAUUUUACUGGUGAUAAUUUAGCAUCUCUUUCAGCAUUGUAACCAAAUUUACCAUUAGGAAAUUGUACUGGAAAUGCAAUUUCUUCACAUUGUUUAUCAGUCAUGAAAGACAGUGGAUGUGUUUUCUCUGGUGGCUAUAUUGUAAAUUUCUCUACCUGUAGAGUUAUUGGAGUUAUGUUCUUCAGUAACUAUAGGGUAAUCUGGAAUGACUGACUGUAGACAUGUCUCAUUGGCAGGUGACCAAUGCUCAUUUAAAGGGUCUUCCUCUUCUUCUUCAUUUUGGACUUCCAUGUUGUUACCCCGUGCAUUCACUAUUAUUUCUUACAAGAUUUUUAAGAAUCAGAACUGAAUCAGACAGUAUUCCUUCACUGUAAUCACUUUUAAGAUCUAAACUUACUUCAGUUCCACAAACAUCGACAGUUUUUGGCAAAUCGUCUGAUGGUAAAUACUUGUUUAAAGAUGAAUUUUCAUAUAAUCUUUUGCCAUACUGAAUAACAUUAGAUAGGGUGUUUGAAUUCCAAUAACUACAUGAUUUUAUUACGGAGUAGCGGAGUGAAUAGACGGCCACAGCACAACUCACAUUUAACUUUCUGGUUUCACAGGCAUGACUCUGAAAAACGGUACUAUUUUGAAUUUUAUUAAUGUUAACCCCUUUCAACUCAAAUAUAUCAUUGUUAUAUAUACUUUGAAAAUAAUGUACUAAGCUAUUCAGUGAUGAUACUUCAAGCAGUGCACAUGUACCUUGAGGAUGGCUUCUACCAUAAAUAUCCCUUGCAUGAGCAUUGAAUAUUUUCAAGCCCACAUUACCUUUACAAUAGAUAGCAACUGCAGUACAUCCUAUUGUCAAUACAAAAUUGUUGAAAUUUUCAGAUAUAAGUGAUUGAAAGGCUCUAUCCAAGGAGGUACAGUACUGAUAUUCUUGUAUUGUAGCGUCUUAAUGAAUAGUACCAGUAUAGCUUUCACUGUAUUGAAGUUCAUAGUCGGUCUCGAACACAUUUAAAAGUGCGGGUAAUUCUGUCUACUUUAAAAAUGAUUGUCUGGUUAGCUGAGACAAACUUGAAUACAACUGAUUUCCAAUAUUCAUUGUUGACACGAGAUCAUUAGCAGAACUGAUUCCUUGUUUGUUAUUGGAAAUCAACACAGUGUUGUCCUGAAUUUUGUCCAGAUACCAACUCAUUAGCUUGGCUAUGUGGUGCCGUUAUUAUUUUGCUAGGGUCAAUGUACAUUGGAGUAGGACCAGGGUUUUUCUCUAUAUCUGAACUCAGUUGAAAUUUACAAUAUUUUGAUGCGUGUGUCUGACUCUUAUAAAGACACGUGGGUCUAUUACAAGAAAACAUUGAUAAAUACCGCCUUGCUCUAUACUUCAAUUUAAUUAUCCUUUGAUAUACAGGGCGUGAAAUUGCGCCUAAUACAGGCGCCAUUGCGACUAAAUUUUUCCCUUUGGCGACCAAACCUUGAAAAUUAGUCGCCAAAUUGGCGACUAGAAUGUUUCAUCACAACCUCACCGAGAGAUAUAGUGAAUCAAAAAGAUUUGUAAAGAUAAAUCCGCGGCAAACUUCCUCGUUAAGUUUGUUUCCAAAACUCAGAUCAAGUAUCUCAAUCGAUAACUAGAAGCCAUCUUGGAUUUAGGUGAGCUUGAAAGUUGUAUAUCAUCCAUCCUAGAGUCCACUUUGUAGAACGUUAGAGAUCUUUUCCCUAAAUUAAUUUUGGAGGGUCUAUCUUAAACGUUGACAGCGUAAAAAAAGGUUUUGUUUGUCUUUGAAAAUGGCGACCAACUUUUUUUGAAUUGGCUACCACUUUGAAGAAUUUAGGAGCCAAGUGGCUAUCACAGAACAAUUCAACAAAUACUUCUUCUCGUGUUGUGUAACUUUAUUUAAUCUUACCCUCUUCGCAUGAAGCUUACAAACAUUCCUUGUAACUCUUCUAACCUUCACAUAACGAUGUAGCCAAGAGGACUUCGGUAUGCUUGGUCGAAUACGCUCAUAAACAAAUUACUUCAGUUUUCUGCCCUUUCUUUUGAGACGUUUCAGAGUAGCUUCUGGUAUUCUACUGGGUUCUCGAUCACUUCUAAAUACACGGUUGUGUUUUACAUGUAAACAUAAUAUGAGAUAGCUCGUUUGAUAUAGCAGGUUUCGCUUGAUAUUUCUCGAUAGAAGGUCCACUCGCAAAGGAUCGCUCACAAAUUGAUCUCUCGUAAAGUUCGCGGACCAACCCGUUCCCAAAACGCUCCACAAGUUUUAGUGUGGGUCUACCGCGAACGGUGUGUGACUUUGUGUGUAUAUUGAGCGUAAUAGCCAUCGAAUUUCUUUUGCGUACAUCAAGCAGGGGUUGUCCACGAAGGCAGCCAUUGCUUUAAAAAAUGCGCUCUAGGGUUCAUUCUACGCAUACGCUUACUUUUCACGCAUGCGUUUCGUGACUGAACGCAAAAAAAACAAAACAAAACAAAAUAAAAAACAAUGAAAACGAAGCCGAAUUUAUACCUCGGGCGUUUCCUUUGGAAAGCCCGAGUAAUAACGAUAAAAAACUAAAUAUACUUUAUCAUCCUCACGGUUGCUGUUGCUAUGAUUUAAAUACGCCACUUCCCGGGGGGUACUCCCUUAUUAUAAGUUAUAUAGAUGUGCUGCCCCCAACAUUAUGGUUUUUUAGCCGUUUUGGUCUGAAAACGGGUGUGGAUUUUGGACAUUUUGGUCUGAAAUUGGAUAUUUUUUGCCUGCUUGUUUGAAAUAGGGUAUAGAUUUUUGCCAUUUUUAAGAGUUUGGUUUGAAAUUGGGUAAGGAAAAUCGCAUAUUUUGGUCUAAAAUGGGGAAGUGUUUGAAUAAGCGGGUGGCACACCCCACCACAAGUUGUUCUUGCGAUCAAAGAGGACAAAAGCAUUUUGUAAAUGAAGGUAAAGAAGUAAAUAUACUCUGUCAAUAAUGCCACUUAAGGCAAAGAAGGUAUGUGGGGUUUCUGAUCCUCACAACACUCCUCCAUUCCUCAGAAUGUUAUUGUUGUUCAUCGCAAGUUGUUUUUGUCGUUGUUGUUCAACCAUGAGAAAAGUUAUGGGAGGGGCUAGACGUAAAAUGAAGGAUUUUAAUAGUGGGCACUGUUGCAAGCGCCAAUUUAUAGCGCAAUCCUUUUAUGCAUCACUGGCCCACUUGCUUUGUUCUACUACCCAGUCCUCUGUUGUUAAGAAACUAACCAGAGGUUCCAAGAAUUUGUGAAACUGCAAGGAAAGCAAACAAAUGGUGGUAUGUUUCACUUCUGCUCACUUUCAGUGAAAUGCAUCACUCCAAAGCCCCAAAGAGCUAGUUCCCUGUGGGCAUUACCGUAUCCUUCCACCUAACCCGGCAAUGAACCACCCCUACCCAUUUUCAGCCCACAGUUAUGAAGAUCCAUGCACACGGCAUACUUAUAUGAAGCUCAUAGCAAUGUAUCACACAGCACACGUUCAUAUUAUUUAUGUAUUUCAAUAAAAUUAGGCAAAACUGAAACAAAUCACGAAGUGCAAUUACACACAAAAACUCAUUCUCAUCCCUCAAAUAAUAUGAAUGAGUUGGCUCACAGAGCCUUUGAUUUGAUAACAGACGUUUAUUCAAACGAGUAAAGAUAACGCUGACAAAUUCGUAUGAUUAUUUAUGAAUGUUAUUACGAAAUGUCAACGUUUGCAUUUCACAAUUAAGAGAUGACCGAUCAAACAAUUCUUUUAUUUUUCUAUCAACAUCUUAGAUAACUUUGCCUAAUCUUUCAGUUCAAGGUUGCAGGGUGCUCCAGUUCGUCUCACUCAGGGAAGGGAAAGCUCUCGUAAAUCAAGUGAUCAAGAACAUUUCAGUCGGAAGCCCAGACGUCUGUGAAAUCGAAUGUUACCUUGACAACCGCUGUUUGUCUUACAACUAUGGUGACCAGAGUGGAGGAAGAUCCUUGUGUGAGCUGAGCGAUUCAGACCAUAAGCAACAUCCUAGUGAUCUACAAGAACGGCUGGGAUAUAUCUACCUGGUAACCGAGGUAUUGUAAAAGUUACUUUGAGAGAACGACUAUGAAGUGUCUCACUUUCCGUGGAACACAUUUCAAUGCUUAACCUUCCAGCUCCAGGAAAUAAUUAACACGUACGUAGCUUCUCCCUACAAUAUCAAUACACUAUCCAGCAAACAGGUAAUGAGAAGACAAGGCCCGUAUUAUUUUUAGAUCAUUAGUAGCACGCUCAUUGUGAUCAUUUCAGGUGCACCUGUGUAUGUUCGACGCUUAAAUAUGGGCCGGUAAUUUAUACCUGCAACGUUCCAACAAUAUUUCGUCGCACAAUAAUGAUGAAGAAUCAAGUUUUUCACUCAUUCAUAAAUUGCAGAAGAGCAAUUAUCCGGUUUUGUACAAGUUCAUAAUAGCAAGGCAAUUUACAUUUGAGAAGCAGCAAGGUUUGUUGCACAACAAGUCGCCCUUAGCCUCAAUCCUGUUAAAAGGCUUGGCAAGCAAGCGUGCAACUUUAAAAUGGACUAUUACAGAGACGCAGUUAUCCGUUUUUCCACAGGUGCUUUUGAUUAGUUCAUGAGCCCGUGCGUAUUUUCGUCGCUUAGAUAAUGCCUGGUGAUAUUUUAAGAGUAUUUUGUGACAAGAUAAUGAUGAGGAAGGGAUUCUUUCACUCAUUGAAACAUCGCAGAGAAACAGUUAUCCGUUUUUCGACAGGUGCAGCCCUUGAAAUAGAGAAAAUGGAUAACCUCGAUUACCGUGCCAUCUGACCAGUCAUCAUGAAGGAGAUUUCCAGCAGACAACGAUGUGUCCGAUUUUAGGAAAGACUAGACACGAGUGACAUGUCAUCUGACAUGAUGUUGAAAAUAGCACAUGGUAAGAUUGAUGUUCAUGCCCCCACCCCAAGAGAAAAUCAAAGCUAAGAGACCUAUACAGGCCCAGAAGAAAAAAUCUAAUUGAAGCACAAUACUUCCCGCAAAGCCAGGUUGCAAAGGACUUACGCACAUGCUCAUGACCAUAGAACGCACGUAAUUAAUGACAGUCAAAGACAAUUUUAUUUUGACCGUGUUGAGCAGAAGAGCUGGUCGUAGUUCUGUAAACUAGUACUAGAACGGAACAAUUAUUCAUGGCUGCAAAGGACUGAGAAGGCGUGACCAUCUAGGACGCACAGAAGUGUAUAUGUUCAAGUUGUUUCUUUUAAAAUUGAUAAAGUAAGAGUUGUCUCGUUUGCAGUCGUUCGUUAGGUUUUCACGCAACACGUCCCCCAAGAGAACGGGGCGGGAGGGGGGGAAGGGGGGCUAACAUCGUGAAGCAUUGCGUGACAUUCCUUAGAACGACUGUGAAGGAGACUAGAGAAAGAGUAAUUCUAGCCUGUGAGACCCUCGUUAUUAACGCUUCGGGACGAGCAUUUCUGCGCCCGCGAGAAAGUGUAAGGCCUCUUGCAACGCAAGCAGGCAAAAGACCUUGGCACUGAUAGCGCCAGACCCCCGGUAAACCUCUUCCCGACUCGUAUCAUAUCUUCCCGCGGGCAGAGAAAUUCUGGUCCUGCAGCGCUUAACAUAAGGGCUUGCCAACAGGUUAGAGUAGUUAAUGAGCGUUGUUCUUUGAAGGAAAGUAUUUGAAUGCCUGGAAAGGAGUGCCAUUCUUCGCAACAGUGCAGAAGUUAUUUUGGGAAGAGAAGCCUCAGACAGUCAUCGAGCUUGGCGCAUGGAAGGGUGGAUCAGCCUUGUGGUCAGCACAUAUGCUGAAAAUUUUAUGUGUGAAGUCACAUGUCUUUUCUAUGGACAUUGAUCUUUCUCCUCUGGAUCCAGUCGCCAAGGAAUGCCCUGAUGUAACUUUCAUUGAAGGAAAUUCGAGUGAAAUCGAAAAAUACUUCCCUCCAGAAUUGCUUCAGGUAAGAAAACAUAUUGCCAAUUAUCAUCCAUCAACUUGGGAAUAUCCGGUGAUAUUUCUCAGAUGAGAUUCGCUAAUUUUUAGAUAUAUUUCUUAUGUCCAAUACGAUCAAGUCUUCGUUAUGAAUUCAAUUCACGAUUAGAGAGGGUUUUUCUGUUGUUACAGAAGAAGGGACAUAUUUGUUUGUUUUUGAAGUCGUACCAAAAAAGAUUUGACAGAUGCCAAACAAAGGAACCUUCAUUUGGUGCGAAAAUAUAAUCGUAGAUUUGUCCAUGGACAUUAUCUGUUCCUCGUAGCUCAAAAGUCUCCUCGAGCUUCGCUCUCGCAAUACUGCUCGCGUCUGAGAACAGACGAUAUCCGAGCAUACUUUCUGGCCAAACGGAGACUGUUGUUGAUAUUUUACUGAAUUUGAUGAUCUAUCUCUAACAAAGCUUAACUGUAAGAGAAACCGCAGUUGAGCCUAGGUAACUUUCACCCACAGACUCUCCCACAUCCUUGGUUCAUUACCGAAGACGUGCAUAUUAAUAUAGUUGGAGUACUGAAAUACUUUGACAAAUUUACGGAGCCUGGUGACUACAUCUGUGUAGAAGAUACUAAUCCAUCAGCACCAAACCGGCCUGGCCAGGGACUAAUCAAAGAGCUUGGGUAUACUCCGUUUGGACAUUCGAAACUUGAUAAGUUAAAGGAAUUUAUGAAAACUCAUUCAGAGAGAUACCUUGUUGACCAACUAUAUACGGACCUCUUUGGGUGAGUGUUGAGUUUACGUAUUAAAAAUCAGCUUCAAAUUAAAGGCAAUAGCUACAAGAAAAACCUGGCGAUAAGGGACCGAUUAUUAUUUUUCACCUGAGGUGAGGGGGAGGGUCGGAGGAUUUUGGCCUUAACGUGUUUUCUACAUCCUACAUUUCACAUGGUGCAAAGCUUAACUAAGCUGUAAAACACGUGAUAGAUUUUUGGAACAAAUCCUCAAGCUGUUGCCCUCGUAAUCCAGGUUCGGAAACGGAAAUAAAUUUCAAACGCUAUUAAGGAUGAAGACGGGUAUGAAAAAUGAUGUUUGGUCUGAAAGACGAUCAUGCAGGAUCUGGAAAACCGGGUGGAACAACCUUUACUAAGAAUUGCGAAGACUAUUUCCCCAUCUCGUUCAUAUUUUGGAUCGAUCUCACAUCAAUGACAUUUUAGUCCCUGAGAAUUUUUCGUUAUUUGAGAAACGAUAAAUUCAGUGACAACAAUUAUUCCACAGGCCGCCUAUUUCCUUUGUCUCCGACCACCCACCCCCAUCGGGAGCCCUCGUUAAAUCCCCCACCCCCCCGGGGUUUCUUUCGCUUUGGGAUAACAUUUAAAAGAAAUUUUAUUGGCUGUGAACAGACUAACAAAGAUUCAUAUUUGAUUAUGACAGUGGAUUUUUUUGCUUUUGUAUGGCAGGUAUAAUGUUACAUGGAACUCAAACGGUUUCCUCAAACGCGUUUAGAGGUCAUUCAUCGUGUCUCUCCUGGGUUUCAAGAAAGAAUGAUAGAAAUCAUUCAAAAUAAGCUUGGUCAAUUCAUAGAAUAAAAAACUAGUUUGAAACAAAUUAGUAGUUAAUGAUUCACUUCGCAGCAACAGUCGCCUGCUAUUGUAUUGGCAGCUUCUGCUUCCAAGUAUUUUGGUCGUGGAAAGAUAAACUUAUGGGCACCUUCAGAUUAAGUGGUUUGUUACUUUUUAGCUUGAGAAAAUUGCACCUUGCCUGAUUUCGUGGCUGAACAGAUCAAUAAACAGAAGUAUUAAAAUUACCUAGAGUGAAACUCGUUGAAAGUCCUGUGGGAGGAGGACGGGACAACCUUUGAACAUGCCUUUUACCCACGCGAACCAAUUCUAUCCUUUUAACGACUGUGAAUAUAUGAAAAUCAUAUCUGUAACCUUCGGUUUUUAAGAAAUGAAUAUGAAAGUGAUCUUCGCUGCGAUGAUCACUGCUUAAGCAGUAGUGAAAGUGAGGCCGUGAUCUGAACCUAUGACCUCUUCCUUUCUGUAUAAAAUGAUUGUCACGCUAUCCCCUCUAUUGAAAAUUCCUAUUAGGAGUUCCUUUCUCGGAAUAUUUUUUCUUAUAUUUUACUGUUUUCAGUUUAAUCAGAUCAAAUUGUAAAAUUUUUAUAUUUUUUAACCUUUCGGUGUGGCUGACGUGGCCAAAUCCGGUUUUACGUGAUUGCACGUUGUUCAAGAAUUUUUUCAGCUUCCUGUCGGGGUAAGCAAAACGUUGUCAGUCUCUGAGAACCUAACUACAAUAGCCGAUUGUCAAGGUGCCCUUUAAAUCUAGGACACCUUUCGGAGCUUCUUUGUGUUCAUCGCCUGAAGGUCAGGAUAGGGGUAUGUGUUCCUUUUAAUGUUUCCUUUCUUUUUUUUUUUUUUAUUUCUCAAGAAGUUAUGAUUGCUAUGAUUCGAUGAUUUGAAACGAAUUAACGAUUUCUUAUAAAAAAAUUUCCCGAGAUUAUUUGACGCAUCAUUGUACCUCGAAUUGAGCAUGCUUCAUUUUCAUCUUCAGUUGCACAUUUUGGUCAAUUAGCGCGCAUCCUUAUUUUGUCAGUUUUCACAUGUUGGACCAUUAUUUAAAUAUCCUUACAUUAUGUCAAUCCGUGCCCCUCGUCUUCUGUGUGUAUGACUUCACCCCCAAAAACCUGUCUAUAAUAGGCACUUAAAAAAAUUCGAUCGAAACGACAUGCUUUUGACCAUUCUAACCGAGGUAACUAUAACUUUUGGGUAAAGCUUCAGGUUAGAGGUGCAUAGAAGUUUGGUGUGAUAGUAAGGAUUGCCGUUGAUCCAAGUUGCGCCAAAAAACUGUUCCUGCCUACAAAUUUCUAGGAGGUUUUUUGUGCGAAAAGCGUACACACAGCGUUUUCGUGGUAGCAUAAGGUCAGUGGCGAUGAGUUCUUUAAAGAACGUGAGGUGACGUGCCAUGUUACUUUGUCAAAAGAAAAACAUAACAUGAAAUUUUUGUUUCUUGAAGAAACACCUGGCCUGAAGAAAGCUUUUUUAAGGUUCAGUCACAAAUGUGAUAUGAUAUUCUCAUUCGCGUUUCGUUGCUCGAAGAAAUUUCUGCCAAAAAGGCAGGAAGACAGGAUAUUUGAAGAUUUUCGUCCGGUGACAAGUAUAACGUAGAGAGAAGUUAGCUAUUAACAUAAUUUUGGAAGCUUCCUCUUUCGUGAAAAUAAAUUUGACUCGCGAUGUUGUUUCUAUUGCGAACAAAACCUUAAGUUAUGCUUAUAGUUGGUAAAUAAAAUAGACAUUGUACCUCGAUUCGAUUCACAAGUAGAACUGGCCGUGAGAGAAAAACACUUUUUGAAAAGUGUGGCGAUGUAGUUCUUCAAAGAUCGUAGAAUGAAGGACGUGCUAUGUUAUUUUGUCAAAAGGAAAGCUUAACAUGAAAUUUUUGUUUCUUGAGGAAAGACCUGCCCUGAGGAAAGACCUGCAGGCUUUUUAAAGGUUCAGUCAGAAAUGUGAUAUUCUUAUUCGUGUUUCGUUGUUCGAAGAAAGUUCUGCCAAAAGGAAGGAAGACAGGACGUUUGAAGAUUUCCGUCCGGUGACAAGUAUCGUGUAGAGAGAAGUUAGCUAAGAGCAGAAUUUUGGUAGUUUUGCGGUUCUUGAAAAUAAAUUUGACCCGCGAUGUUGUCUCUAUUGCGAACAAAACCCUUAAUGAAGCUUAUAGUUGGUAUAUAAAAUCAGGUAAGUAUAUAAAUGUAUGGGUAACUAAGCAAAGUAAUGUAUAAAUAAGCAAGAACGAGUAAAUAGGAUUAAAAUUAAGUCGGAUUUAGCACUGCGUGGGCUACUUACCUAUGAGUUCCUUAUCAACGCGUUAUUUUAACAUCAAAUUGGAAGUGGAAUUCAAAAGACAACAAUAGCAAUUCAUUCAACUACGGUGAAUUGUUAAAAUAAAUUACCGCAUUCUCCAUGAUGGCCCUAAGACAUUUUACUAAAGAAAAGUCAUGAGCGAGUCAUGGAAUUAUAGCAUUUUAAAGCAUCUAGAUCUUCGUUUUGUCCCUUUAAUACAUAUAAAUGAUCUUAUGGAAGGCCCGAUCCGCAUUUACCCGAACGCUUCCCUGUUAAGCCAUUUCUUGCCAUGUUCUAUGUUUGUUUAGAGCCAUCCACACAUUUACCAAAGCUUUAGAUCGAUUAGC